CUUGCCGCACCUGUCACAUUUGUAAACAAACAUUAAAAUAAUAACAUAUCAAGCAAAAUUAAUUUUUUGAAGUGUUUUUAAGUUAAAAUGUCGCAAGAUCGAUGUUUCAACAACCCAUUUGAUGACUAUUCAUCAGAAGCCGCUUGUUGUGUAAUUGAAAAUGGGACGAUUAAAUGCGAUUGUAAAUUGUCUUGCGAUUUGGAGAAGAAAUGGCACGAUACCUUAGCACAUUUUAAAUAUCUUGAAUAUAAUGAUUAUUCUGUGUACACCGGUACUUCAGGUAUUGCUUUGUUGAAACUUAAAAAAGAUCCUGACAGUAAACAAAUCCUGCAGGAAGCAUUACAACUGCUAUCAUUACAUAGACUAAGAGGAAGAAGACCUACUUUUUUGUGUGGGGAUGCUGGACCUCUUGCUCUAGGUGCUAUUAUUAAUUAUAAAUUGGAGGAUAAAGCUUACUUGGACUGCAUUGAAAAGAUUAAAGCUUUAUCAGAAGAUGUUUUUGAUCCAAGCUCAGAUUUACCAAACGAGUAUCUGUAUGGCCGUGCAGGCUUUCUUUUUGCAAUUUUAUAUGUCAAUAAACAUAUCUCACCCACACCAUUUGAUGAAAGUUUUGUCAGAAAAAUAAUUGAAACAAUCAUAAUUUGUGGAAAAAAUGAAGCAAAAGCUGGGAAAUUUAAAUGUCCACUGAUGUACCAAUGGCAUGAAAGUUAUUAUCUAGGAGCAGCACACGGUGUGUCUGGGAUUCUUUAUUUGCUCCUACAAGCCAAAGAAUAUUUAACCGAAAAUGAACUACAAGCAAUAAUUAAACCUACAGUUGAUUACCUGGCCACUUUGAGAUUUCCAAGUUGUAAUUUUCCUUCGUCUUUGGGAAGGGAUAAUGAUAAAUAUGUUCAGUGGUGUCAUGGAGCACCAGGCUUUUUGUAUCUUUUCACUACAGCUUAUAAAGUUUUUGGUGAUUGUAAAUAUUUACAAUUGGCUCUUGAUUGUGGCGAUGUAAUUUGGGCUAGAGGCUUAUUAAGAAAAGGAUACAGUAUUUGUCACGGUGUUUCAGGCAAUGCUUAUUGUUUCUUGGAGUUAUAUCAAACCACUGAAGAUGAAAAGCAUUUAUAUCGUGCUGUUAAAUUUGCAGAGUGGUGUUUCAUAUAUAAUAAGAAUCACGUAGAACACCCCCCUGAUCGUCCUCUUUCCUUAUUUGAAGGAUUGUCAGGCCCUAUGUACUUGUUUUUGGAUAUUCAAAAGCCAUUGGAAGCUAAAUUUCCAGGAUACACUCUGUAAUUAAUGUGGUGGUAAUGGUAUAGAAAAAAUUCUUGUUUAACUUUUUGAAUCAAAAUACGAAUAAAUAAAAUAUCCACUUUA